AUGGCCUCUAUCAACCGCAGCAAGAAGGGCCUCUCACAGUCUAUCCACAACCCGCAGGCUGACGAAGAAGUACAAUUGCGGCCGAGGCACUUCAUUGUUCGUGAGGGGAGCGCCAUCGUGCCCCUCAUUCCAGUCGACCUACUGCCAACUCAUCUGGAAAUUCACGGCGUACCGCGCCAAAUGAACAUCGAGGAAACGACGGGUAUGUCCAACCUAGGUACAUUCCCGAAGCCAAAAAGCCUGCUGCAAUUGUAUACCGUAUCUUUUGCCAAUGAUGUCUCUGGCCGUUCUGUUGAUAAUCUCUGUCGAGAUGGUCUGCAUACCCUCAACGGUGACGAGCCUCUCGAGCAUCUUGACCGGCCUCAUGAUCCCGCGCCGAACCCAGCCAUCCAGGCACCGGUGGCCAGAUGGAUUACCGACUGCGGGACCGAAGACUUGCAAUCUGCGGUCUCUAGGCCGGCCCCGACCACGGAAAAGCCGCAGCCGGUGGCGACCCGAGUCCUCGACUGGGCCGAAGACACAGAGUCCGUCUCCACAGACAAUUUCACCGCCACUGACGAGGACCCCCCGACAUCCUCGACGUUCAAUACGCAGUCCAACCCCAGGCAGGUACCUCAGGCUCAGCGGCCUUCGGUCACCAAGAAAAAAGAAAAAUCGGCCAUAGAGAUCGCAGACCGGAUGCUCGAGCUUAGUCGCACCCAGCACGCCAUCCGCCAGGGCCCGCCGUCGCAGAUAAACACGCAGACUAACGGCGACGGCACGGCGAAGCACCACCCCAAGCCGGGCAAGCAGAAGGUCCCCCGGCCACCGGGCAGUUUGUGCCGGCACUGGUGUCAGACAGGCCAGUGCAGUUGGGGCAUCGAGUGCCGAUACACGCACCAGAUGCCCGUGACGCUCGAGGGACUCGCGGACAUCGGCCUCAAGGAGCUGCCCGGCUGGUGGCGCAGGGCGGCCGGGUUACCCGUGGAGGGGACGAUCGACAUUCGCAUUUUUGCUGCCAGUGCCGGCAAUGGGAAGAAGAGCCCUUUCCCCGCCCUGACAGCGGGUGAUCCGUCACUGAUCCCGACACAUCCGUCCAAGAAGACUAGGUCGAAGGUGGACAAGGAAGAGAGAAAAAUGGCGGAGGAGGUUCACAUGGUUCGGCUUGGGUUUGAGAGGGCUCAGUCGACGGCGGCUUAUCCCGCGGUGGUGGGCGCUGGGAGCAGCAAGAAGCCGGUACUGGGACAAGUGCAGCUGCAGAUGCAGACGGGAAAAGGCCAGCCUCAGUCUGGGGAGGUUGAGAAGCUUGUAGAUAUCUGA